CGUCAUCCAGUGUGAAUCACAUUUCACCAAAGGUUAUGUUUGAAGUUGAUGAAACGCGUCACACUAUUGAACUUGGAAGUGCAGCUGUCACAAUCUGUCGAUGAACGAACUUUAAGUCAUGGAUAUAUGGAAAAAGAACUGAACGGCAUUUCAAAGCACGCGCAGGGUGUUUCUGUAAGGUACUAUAUUUCACAGAAACCACAAAAUUGGACGAAGGUCGAGGAGAUGUGUGGUUGUGGAGAACGGACGUGUUGAUGAGAUCGUGAGGUCAACAGAGUUCUCGGUGUAACCGGUUGUUGUUGUUGCGGUCAACAUGACAUUCGACAGUAGAAGCGUUCAGUUCCUGACUUGUGACGUUGUGUGGAGCUCUGAUGAUGAUGAUGAUGAUGAAGAUGAUGACAAUAAAGUUGCAAAUGACAUUGGUGAGAAGGGAAUGUCAAGAAGUUUAUCGGAAUCAAAGACUAAUGACUGGAGCACUAACAUAGCAGCAGGUUCCACAGACGAGGUGUGGCUACAGCAGCUAGAGAAGUGCGAGUGUGUUGGGUUUGUGGCCAGUCCAGAUAACAACAGCCUGUGCCACUGUGGUCUAGAAGCAAGGGAUCAUGCCGUGAGUCUGGAUGAAAAGGAUUCUAAACCUCAGUGGAACAGAAACACCAAUAUCAGAAGGUCGAAAACUGAUGCUAUUGGCAGGAUACAGUUCCAAGACGAUGACCUUGACUCUUGGUAUUUGCGCCUGGAUUUUGAAACCAAAGAGGAGAAGUUGCAAUAUCUCCUUGGCAACAUCCUGCAUCUCUCUCAUUACAACCUCUACAUCCACUUCCUGGACUUCCAACAGGGUGACGACGACCUGACAGCCAGUCAACAGACACAGCUGCAGGAGAGACUCGAGAGUGGACUCAAAACUCUCGCACUGAAGACCAAGUUGUUUAUCAGCUCAACAGGCAUGAAGACAGGCAUGUCGCGUCACAUCCACACUGUCCUGACAAAACUAUGCAGCAACCCAGUUUUCCAUGCUGAGGUGUUCCGUCUGGCUUGUGCACCUUGGGGACGCCUUGCAGAUGCAGAGAGGUCAAAGUUAACUGGACCGUCAUCGGAGCAGGUUCAAGUGAUAAAGCCGGGGCAGAGGGAGGAAGAGAAUGUGUUGGGGGAAGAGUUAUCCCCCUUCUUCAGUCAUUAUCUGCUUUUUGAUGAUGGUGUCAUCAGUCCAACACCAACUUUAUCCAGCACAAAACAUGCAUGCUCUUUCAGGAAAAAUAUCAAAAACAUUCUAGAUCACAUGAGUGAAGAUGCUGUGAGUGUGUAUGUUCUGAUCAAUGGUGGAGCUGUGGCACUGCACCGGGUGUACAAGGCCAUCAAGACCGGACACCCUGUUAUCAUCAUACAGAGAACUGGUGGUUAUGCGGACAAACUUGCCAGAAACUAUUUUUUAGCACAGAUAAUUCUUGAGAAGUUUCUGGAUCAGACAGGCAAGAUAGCUGUAAGGUCCAAGCUGAAACCAGCUAAAGUGUUGGAGGAUAUAGAUGAGGAAGAUGAGAAGAAAGUUCGAUAUAUAUUGGAACACAACAACCUGCUGACUGUUUUCGAUCCCUUCCAUCAGACGCAGGGCCUCGACAUGGUCAUCUGCCAGGCUCUUCUGAAAGGAAAACAAGAGACUCAGUUGAACAAGCUACUGGAAUCAUUUCAAACAUCAGCCACCAAGACUGUAGCCCCCACCAGGACUGGUUCUAGGCCUAGUCAGCAGGAGUGUUUUCUGGGUUCAGAUAGCAUGCAGAUGGACUUCCUGAUCGAGGCCAUGUUGAAUGAUAGCUCAGAUGCAGUCGACACCAUCUUGAAGGGAGAGCUCUGCCUGGUCAAACACUUCACCCAGUGCAGGUUCUGUCAGCUGUACAACAGGGAACAGUGUCUAGGAUCCUGUCUUCCACUUCUCAAAUCAGCCAAUGCAAGAAAUGUCGAGAGUCUGGGAGUGAAGGCAGACAUGUUCUGCCCGUCUGAUGUGCGACUAGUGCUGCGGGACCUCCUGGGUGGCUCCUACCCUAUAAAGUGUAAAGGCAAGACCUGUCCCUGUGUUCUUCGGGCGGAGGACGUCCGCAGCAUGAAGUACUUUGAACCCGACAUGUAUCGGACGUGUCUACCACCAAUCCAGGAGUUGUUCCUGUGGGCUCUGCUGACCAACCAUCAGAAAUUGGCCAAGGUCUUCUGGAAACACAGUGAGGACAAGCUGGCAUCUGCAGUGGUGGCUGAGGUGCUACUGACCAGACUCGCUGACCGGGAGAGUAACACAGACAGGGCUUUCAAACUCAGGGAGAAUGCAAAGGAAUUUGGCAAUUUGGCGGAAGAGGUUCUGUGGGUUUGCUACGAACUGGAUGAAGAUUUGACCCACAAGCUGCUGAUCCAGAAGUCGUCAUGGUGGGGACACAAGUCUGUCAUUGAACUUGUCUACAGCUUCCGUAGUCGUAGCUUCGUCAGCAAACCUGCCUGCAAGUCCCUGCUGGACAAAGUGUGGAAGGGGCACCUGGAGUCUGACCGAUUCUUGCUGGUGGUUCCGGUGAUUCUGAGCAUGAUACCAGCUAUAUUUCUAGUGCCUUUUCUCUGUGUCAACUCAAUGGAACCAAGAGGUAUUUCAGUUCCUGGCAGCAGACGACGCAAGUUUUGUCAGGGGCUACGUGACUUCUACUCCGCUCCCGUGGUCAAGUACCAGAUGAAUGUGGUGGCGUUCCUAGUGCUCCUGCUUGUGUUCAGCUAUGUGCUGCUGGUGGACCUGCGCCCAGAGUUCAGCGUGUUUCAGGGCAUCCUGUGUGGCUUGGUGUUCCUCUACACUGUGGAGGAAGUCAGACAGUGUCUGGGUGGCAGGGAACGGGAUCUCCGUUGUCGGUGGAAUCUGUAUUGGAAGGAGGGAUGGAACCGGCUGGACGUCUUCACCAUCAUCAUCUUCAUCCUGGGGAUGGUGCUUGUGGUCAUCCCACACCCCGACGUGCACCGAACCGGCCGCGUCGUGCUCAGCAUAGACUUUGUCCUGUUCUGUAUGCGGCUGCUUCAGGCCUUCGCUGUUGGUUCUGACAUCGGACCCAUGUUCACGAUGAUACUCAAAAUGAUCAGGGACACAGUGACCUUCGUGAUCAUCCUGAUGGUGUUCAUCCUGUCCUACGCUGUGGCUUCGGAGGCCAUCCUGUACCCUCAGUCCCGGCCGCAUGUCAGCAUGCUGUACUAUGUCCCACGGAAGGCUUACUGGCAGAUCUAUGGGGAUUUCUUCCUGGAUGAAAUAGAGGGAUCUGACUUAGAAUCGUGUACCAAUGACGUGAACCUGUACGGUAACCGUACCAUGGACAGAUGCCCCAGUAAGGAGGGGCAGUAUGUUGUGCCGAUACUCCUGGGGAUCUACUCCAUCAUCACCCACGUGCUGCUGCUCAACCUCCUCAUCGCAAAGUUCAAUGACACGUACGCCAACGUCCAAGGUGAGGCAAAGAUUCACUGGGCAUGGUAUAGGUACCAGAUCAUCUACGAGUAUGCCCAACGACCUUGUCUCCCUCCUCCCCUGAAUGCCAUAGAGUGUGUCCUGUUCCUAGUUCGGCACAGCUACAAGAUGUUGAAGAGGGUCGUGUGUUGCACCUGCUGUCCUUGGUGUAAGACAGGUACAGACGGAAUCCUCACCACGCCGGUACAAGCUGGAAAAACUGGUCCUAAUAGUAUUACGAUCCACUGGCAAAGCCCAGCAGACAAAGAUGCCUCUCGCUAUAGGAUACUGUGCUACAAAAUAGUCGACACUGUACAGGGUAUCCCAAACAUUAACCAGCCUGACUUGGCACUGACUCUAUACUCCACGGUGUGCACUGUGCGGAACCUUCAGCCACACACCACCUACAGGUUCAAGGUCAGCUACGAGACGACGUCUAAAUGGGAGGAGUGGACCGAGGUGGACAUCAGAACGGAACCUAUAGAGAGUGACUUGGCAAGUUGCCAUGAGAAGGACUGUGUUGAACAGCUGGAGGGGAGACAGCUGAAAGAUGACAUGACAGCACAACUGGAAGUUAUAUCGAAAUCAGUGAGCACAAACAAGCAGCAGGUCUCCCAGUCUCUCCAACAGGUCACAGGUCACAUAACACAGUUGAGAGACAUGGUCAAGGAACUGCAUGAAUCUACCAAAUGUAUUAUGACAGCUGAGACUAAGAACAUUGCUCAGCUGGCCAGACAGCAAGCAGACUCGACAGUCACCAUGGCUGCAGAGAUUUCCAAUUUGAAGCAGUCUGAGGUGGCCACGUUGGCGGAGAUCAGGACACUGAAGAAAGAGCUGUCAGAGAUGAAAGAGAGGUCAGCAACGAGGACGGAGGACCUGCAUGCCCUGAUGACACAGCAGACCUCCAUGAUGCAACAGGUGCUCCAGGCAGUGGCCACUCCAAGGCAGCCUAUGACCUGAUCGCUGAUCUACAACACGUACAGAAGGCAUUUACAAGCAUUGGAUAGAUUUGGGGAGAAUCUUCAGAAAUGUGGUUAUGCAAAUUCUCUCAGAUGAACAUGAUUAUAGCUGAAACUGGUAUUUAGGGUUUCAUGAAGAUCUGAUGUAUUGAAUAGAAAGUUGGUAUUUAGGGUUUCAUGAAGAUCUGAUGUAUUGAAUAGAAAGUUGGUAUUUAGGGUUUCAUGAAGAUCUAAUGUAGUGAAUAGAAAGUUGGUAUUUAGGGUUUCAUGAAGAUGUAAU